AUGUAUCGUCAUAUUGAGACCUGUCCACCCACCCCUCCACCAGGAGGAGGAGGAGGUACAGGGGGAGGAAGUGGAGGAGGAGGAGGAGGAGGAGGAGGUAAUAGUACCGGUAAACGCGGAGUCGACGACAUCGAGGUUACCGUGGUCAGCAACCAGAGGUUCGAUCCCGCUAUGAACGACUCACAUAUGCAAGUUUUCAAAAGCUUAUUGAAUGACUACGUUAAAGCCAAGGGAGCAAAUUAUGACAAGGACAUGGUGCACGAGGAGGUAGUAAAUUUAGAUGGCAGCUUUGCGAUUCUCUACACUCUACAGGGUUAUGACUGCGAUGGGGUGAACAAGUUCUUGCAUGAAGCUAAGAGCAGCGCGAACUUCAUCAAGGACAUCAAAGUCAAAUGUAGUGGAAGACCGCAGUUUGCUGUUGCCUAA